UCCUGCUGCUCUCUCUAGCUAGAAGGGCGAGGCAGACCCGUGAAGGGGCGGGAGGUUUAGACGCUUCUGCCCGCAGGACUCGCGACUCGAGAGUAGCUCAGGGCAGCUGCCAGGAGGUCGGCAAUGCCUGAGGCUAGGGAAUCCCCGGGAGAGCCCUGAGCGCCACCUGCACCGCCUAGGAAGGACGGCCAGAAGUUAGCCCCAGGGGUUCAGAGACGCUCCCUCCUCUACAACUAUGGCUGGCAAUUCCAGGAACGCCAUGAGCAAAGACAUGGAGAUAGGAGUCACUUUCCAGGACCACAAGAAGAUUCCCAAGCAGGCACGGGAUUACACACCGAUCGCCACAGACCGCACUCGCCUGCUGGCAGAAGGCAAAAAGCCGCGUCAGCGCUACAUGGAAAAGAGCGGGAAGUGUAACGUGCAUCACGGCAACGUUCAGGAAACCUACCGCUACCUAAGUGACCUCUUCACCACCCUGGUGGACCUCAAAUGGCGCUUCAACCUUCUGGUCUUCACUAUGGUCUACACUAUCACAUGGCUGUUCUUUGGCUUCAUCUGGUGGCUCAUUGCUUAUGUCCGAGGUGAUCUGGACCAUGUGGGUGACCAAGAGUGGAUUCCUUGUGUUGAAAACCUCAGUGGCUUUGUGUCUGCUUUCCUGUUCUCCAUUGAGACAGAAACAACCAUUGGCUAUGGCUUCAGAGUCAUCACUGAGAAGUGCCCGGAGGGGAUCAUACUCCUCCUGGUGCAGGCCAUUCUGGGCUCUAUCGUUAAUGCCUUCAUGGUGGGUUGCAUGUUUGUGAAAAUCAGCCAGCCAAAGAAGAGAGCAGAGACCCUCAUGUUUUCCAACAACGCUGUCAUCUCCAUGCGGGAUGAGAAGCUGUGCCUCAUGUUCCGGGUAGGUGACCUCCGAAACUCCCACAUCGUGGAGGCCUCCAUCCGUGCCAAGCUAAUCAAAUCCCGGCAGACCAAAGAAGGGGAAUUCAUCCCCUUGAACCAGACGGACAUUAAUGUGGGCUUUGACACCGGUGAUGACCGUCUCUUCCUGGUGUCCCCGCUCAUCAUCUCCCAUGAGAUCAAUGAGAAGAGCCCUUUCUGGGAGAUGUCGCGUGCUCAGCUGGAACAGGAAGAGUUUGAAGUUGUUGUCAUCUUAGAAGGAAUGGUAGAAGCAACAGGCAUGACUUGCCAAGCACGAAGCUCUUACAUGGACACAGAGGUGCUCUGGGGUCACCGAUUCACACCAGUCCUCACCUUGGAAAAAGGCUUUUAUGAGGUGGACUACAACACCUUCCACGACACCUAUGAGACCAACACACCCAGCUGCUGUGCCAAGGAGCUGGCAGAAAUGAAGUGGAAUGGGCGGCUCCUGCAGUACCUUCCCAGCCCUCCUUUGCUUGGGGGGUGUGCUGAGGCUGGGAGAGAUGCUGAGGCUGAGCAGGAUGAAGGGGAUGAACCCAAUGGACUGAGUGUGUCCCGGGCAACCAGGGGCUCAAUGUGAAGUCUGCGUUCUACCCAGAGCCUCUUCUUACCAGACACCGAGGAGCCUGGGCGGCCAGAGAGGCCAAUUAGUUGAGCAAGCUUUGUGGGGCCCCAGGAGCACAGGAGCUCUAUGGAGAGGAACAGUGGAUUGAGCCCUCACGUCUCCUCUUCGGGGCCUCUGAGCAAGUGGCCUUGCCUAGCCUUCAUAGGCAGUGCUUUCUAGGCCUCAGUGAGUGGGCGCAUUAGCUAAGGCUGUAGCCAGGGUGGGGUUCCCAGAGAGAGUUCUAGGGUUCCAUCUACCCUCUCUCUGAUUACCGGCACCUGUUCACUUCCCUCCCGGAUUUUGGCUCCUCUAGGGACUGACAACAUCACCCCUGAUUCUUACCACCGAGGCCUGUAGAUUGAGGGAGCGCAAUCUGUCCAUGGACGCUCAGGCCCACAGCUAGGGAUGAGUUCACAGAGGUCUCCUCCCAGGCCAAAGUUACCCAAGUCAGGGACAACACCUUUUAGUCUGAGGCCACAGCCACUUACUAAUAACUUCUUUGCAAGGCCCCUUGUUCACCUCUGUUACUUCCUAGUGCGUGUGUGUUUUCCUCUUCUAUGUUGUGUGGACACUACGGCUUACAGGGUAAUUGAGUUCAUUAGCAUGACCCUGGGACACUGACAAUGGACCUAGGAGCAUACACAAUGAAUGCUGUCCUCACAACUGCCUGGGACUCCUAGUCAUACCGUGCCUUGCACUUCAAAAAGGAAUCCCAGCAGUUGUGCUUUUGGUAGGACUUUGUGGUCCAAGAACUUCAAAGAACCUGUGAAGUGGUCCUGAACACGUGAAUUUCAGAGAGCCAGAUGAACUAAUUGGUACCAACACAGGGCAGCAGCGGGGAAAGGAAGCGAGGAAUGUGUUAAUAUAGGAAUUUGGUGGAGUGAUGCAUUUAAUAUAGGAGCCUGGUGGACUGAUGCAUCCUAGCACUUGGCAGGCAGAGGCAGAAUUGUGAAGCUGAGGCCAGCCUGGGCUAUAUAGCCCUGUCUCCAAAAUGCAAGAGAGACUAACAAACAAGAAAACAUCUGCCUCAGUUGUUGCUUGGGGGCUCCCAGGAGGAAAGUGGACUAUGAAACAGAAGUGACAGAUGGCCAAGGGUGGACCAGAGUCUUAGAUUGGUACCGAGAGGCCUCUGGACCUCCCUCCUACACAACAGCUCCAACAUGGUGGCAGGACCCAGAAGGUAGGCCCUGUGAACAGGAGGUGAGAAAGUCGGUAGGAGAACUAGGAAGCAGAGAAGGGCCUUGAGGUCAACAGCCUUGGAACCUUUUCUCUUCCAGCCUGGAGGACUGAUGAUCAGGUCAAAGAAUCUUAAGUAAGAAAGAUAAGCUGAGCCCAGUCUUGGAGAGAUGUUGACACGCUCCCCCACACCUCUACCACACCCCCACACCCCGAGUGUCCGUAGUUCUCAACCAGCCUUUGAAAAGAGAAGCACUUUCCUGCCAGGUCCUGGAGCAUUUUCCCUGGGAUCUACAGGGAGAAACCAAGGUAGCCAAGGGAACAGCUUCUGGACCUCAGGCCUAACCCCCCCCCCCCCCCCCCCCCCCCCCCCGCAGACUGGGUUCCCAGGUCCCUGGGCUGAUGAGGAGAAAGUGGCCUGAGAUGAACAGUUACACUUAUUAGUGGCCCCCACAUAGAAGAGGGGAUCCUUUACUUGGCACCUGAACUAAAUCUUGAGAAGUGGUUUAGGCAGUGAGGGGGGUGUGUGUGUAUGUGUGUUUGUGUAUAUGUGUGUGGUAUGUGAUUUGUGGUAUGUGUACAUAUGUGUGAUGUGUAUGUGUGCUGUAUGCACAUGUCUGUGAGUGAGUGUGUGUGGGUGUGGGUGUGAGUGUAGUGUGGUAUGGUGGGGGGGGGGGGGUCCCACAGUGAUAAGGUACCAGUUAUGGUCUCAAGCAUCUUUCUAUGGUGAAGCAGGUCUAGCAGGGCAUGGGAAAUGAGAUGCCAUCCCCACUCAGGAAAAAAACCCAGCAGGUUCGCAGCACCCAGUAGGUAAGCUGCAAUCAGGAAUCUAAGGAGGGAGCCUGCUGUUACGCCUGGAUGUCUGGGGUAACAGGAAAUGCAGCAACUGUCACGAGAGAUGGGCACUUGGCCUGGCUUUCCACACCCCAGGCCUUCACAGGCAGGACCAGCUCUUCUCCUUGGCAGGGGAAUCCUGUCUUGGUUAGGACCCAUAGUGAGUCGAGCAGGUAAGGAUAAGAGGCAGCAGGGAAUGACUGUCUCAGGGCUCGGCGGUGGGCUGGUUCCUGUUGCACACUUGCCUUAUUUGUGUUUCUGAAACACCCCCCAACUGGCUAGGAGAGACCAGUGGUCUGGGGGAGUCAGGGCACUGCUGUGCCAAUGAGAAGCUAUAGAAGGUAUCAAAGAGUGGGUACACUCCUAAAGAUCCCCUCAAGCCAGAGCUGAUAUGUACUGGAAUUAGGUAGAUACUAACCUCAUUCAGGUUUCUAUCAUGGUGACCUAAAUGUGAGGGGACUGCCCUUCACAUCUCAAGGACAUCUCCAUCUCCACAGACAGUUGAUUUCACUAAAGUUCAUCAAAUUCUUCAAAUCAUUUUCUGGAAGUUCUUGACUAAUAAAUUUAAAACAUGGGUUUAUAAUUUAA